UUUUAAUUAUUUUUAAAAAAAUUUUUUUUAUAAUAAAAGUACACACAAUCUAAAAACAAUAGCUUUUUUUUUUUUUUUUUCAUAUUAUAAUUUUUUUUUUUUUUUUUUUGGAAAAAUAUAAAUAUAUAAAUCAAAUUCUAACAUUUUCUUUUUUAAAUUUAGUUUAACACUUGUAAUAAUAAAAAAGUAAUAUUAAAUAUAAAUCCCCCUUUUCAACUUAAUUAUAAACUAUAUAUAAUUCAAAAAAAAAAAAAAAAGGGGUAAUUCAUCAUCCCCUCAAUCCCCAUCUUCAUCAACAUCAACCUUAUCCCCCCCAAUGUCCCCAUCACUUUUAACUCGUUAUAAGGAGCAAAGAGCUGUCAAUAAAGCAAUUGAAAAGCAAUUAAAAGAUGAAAAGAAAAUUAUGGAUAGGGAAUUAAAAAUACUUUUAUUAGGUACGGGGGACAGGGGUAAAUCAACUGUUGUUAAACAAAUGAAAAUUUUGCAUCUCGAUGGUUACCCCCAAAAAAAAAGAAUCAAUCAAAAACAAUUCAUCUACAGAAAUAUUAUUGAGAUUGCUUAUGCAAUCAUUCGGGGCUGUAGCGUUUUAAAUUUAGUCAUCCCACCACAAUUUGAACCAAUUUGUAGUAAUAUUGAAGAUAUUUAUGAAAGUAAAAACUAUACAAAUCUUGAUAAAAAUAUAUUAAAAGGCAUUGCUGAACUCUCAAAGAACGAGUCAUUCACCUAUGCAGCUAAUAAUAGUGGUGCACAUUUCCAAUUACAUUCAUCAUCUCAAUACUUUUUAGAUGACAUCCAAAGAUUUUCAGAGGAUGAUUAUAUACCAACUGAUCAAGAUAUUUUAUAUACAAGAGUUGCAUCAACAUCAGUUUCAGAAACUAGAUUUGCUGUUAGAGGUAUUAAAUUCCGUAUGAUUGAUGUUGCAGGUCAAAGAGGUCAUAGAGAUAAAUGGAUUCAUCAUUUUAGUGAAGUAACAGCUAUUCUUUUUGUAAUUUCACUUUGCGAAUAUGAUCAAGUAUUAGAAGAAGAUGGUAAAACAAAUCGUAUGAUUGAAUCAAUCAAAGUAUUUGGUGAUAUUAUCAAUCAACGUUGGUUCAAAGAUAUUCCAAUUAUUCUUUUCUUAAACAAACGUGAUCUUUUUGCAGAAAAAAUUAAAAAAACGGGUAUCAAUAUUUGUUUCCCAGAUUAUACAGGUCCAUCUGAUGAUUACGAACAAUCAUAUGUUUUCUUAAAAAAGAAAAUCCUCUCAGUCAACAAAACUUCAAAACCAGUUUAUACAAAUGUUACCACUGCCACUGAUACCACAAAUAUUGGUCAUGUAUUUGAAGCUGUUAAAGAUAUUUUAACAAGACAAACAAUGGAAGAAGGUGGUAUUUAAAAAGUAUAAUAAUAAUAAUAAUAAUAAUAAUAAUAAUAAUAAUAAUAAUAAUAAUAAUAAUAAUAAUAAUAAUAAUAAUAAUAAUAACAAUAAUAAUAGUAAUAGUAAUAAUAAAAAUAACCAACAAAUCAAAAUAGCAAUACAAAUAAAAUCCAAUGUUCAAAUUAAUAAAUAAUAUCAAAAAGUGUAAAUUUUAAAAGUAAACACAUAAAAUCAUAAUCAAAAAAAAAUCAAAAAAAAAAAAAAUCAUAAAAAAAUCAAAAAAAAAAAAAAAAGAAAAAAUACAUAACCAAUGUACAUACCACUUAAUCUUUUAUUGGUUUUUUAUUUAAUAAUCAUAUUUAUUAUAAUAUAAUUAAAUAAAAAAUUGUAAAAACAUAGUAAAUAAUAAACAUUAAAAAAUUAAAAUCUAAAAAAAAAUAAAAAAAUAAGAAAAUAAUAAAAUUUUUAUAAAUGUGCAUCUCGUUUCGAUUUGUGAUUAUAUAA